CAUGUUAGUUGUUAAAGAAUAAAUGCUCCUAAAACUGUUUACCAUUUACGAAUGGCUAUAUAUAUAUAGUAGUAAUUUUCCAACUCUUCUCAUCAACCAACUAGCAUUUGCAAAUACUUUCUUUGUCCACACAAACAAAACAACCUUCCAUUUUACAAAGUAAAAGAGAAAGAUGAGUGUAGAAAUUUUAGAUGGUGCCACCAUUGUCCAGUUACUUGAAGAUGAAGAAGCAUUUAAUGACACUGUAGGUAACCGAUUCGCUCGCCUUGACACAGACAAUGAUGGUCUUCUCUCUUAUGACGAGAUGUUAAAGGAGCUCCAGGGUCUAAGAGUUUUCGAAACACACUUCGGUAUUGAUGUGGAGUCUGAUCCAGAUGAGCUUGCCCGUGUUUAUGCAUCGUUGUUCAUACAAUUCGACCACAAUUUAAAUGGCACGGUUGAUCUGGAAGAAUUCAAGACAGAAACAAAGCAGAUGAUGCUUGCAAUGGCAGAUGGAAUGGGUUUCAUGCCAAUUCAAAUGGUUUUGGAAGAAGACAGCAUCCUUAAGAAAGCAGUUGAAAGAGAGUACAAUAAAGUCGCAGCUUAAUUGCUGCUAUGAUAUCAUACCUAAGAUUUAACAAAUUCUGCAAGUAUUGUAGUAUUGUAUAACAUUCUGUUUGUUGUUCUUAUUGUUACCUUUGAAACUUGUUAACACUGUUUUGUUAUGGAUUCCAAAUGUAUUCAAGAAAUAAACUACUUUAAUCUGAGUAUUUAAUAAGUAUGUUU